AUGUCGUCAUCAAGAUGCAUAUCAACACCAGAGACAACAAAUACCGCUCGGCUGGCAAGGCUCAUACUGGCUCCCUAUUACGUGAAUUUCUGGAUAACAUCAGUCAAGACCUUUGAUAGCACACAAGCCCCAGUGUUGAACAUAGCUACUCAUACAGAAGGAAAAUCUGAAGAUGAAGAAAGACAAGAAGUUCAUGAUGUCCCAAAAUGUAAUGAAAACGUUGAUGAUUACUGUCUAACACCAAAGCGUCCAAAAUCCAAUGCCAUCUCAAGUCCACCAUCCGUAUCCUUGUCAAUUCCAUCCACCCCUAAAAGUCAUGCACAGUGCUUUGUGUGUAAGCGACCAGGACCAAAGCUUAUGGUUUAUGCAAGAUUUAAUGUCUUUCUGAACUGUGAGGUAAUUGUACCUGCUGUAAGUCGAUGUUGUCCCAAUCACUUGGAAGAAGGGGAUUUUAAGUCCGACGUAUUACCACGCAUAAAAGCAACCAGUCAAUCAUUUCUGAGCAGGACUGCUAUUUCUGACCUCAUUAAACGUUUGCGUACAACAGUGCAGGAUAACAAAAAAUGCAGAAUUGAUUUUGACACAUCAUCCAAUCUAACUGAAUAUGAUUAUUUGACACUCACUGGGAUAACCAAAGAUGCAUUUGACGAAAUGUGUGAAGGUCUGAAAGAUGUAAGGAACACUCCUGUCCGGUCUACUCGCACAUCCUUGGGAAUCUUCUUAUUUAAAAUGAAAUCCGGACUUUCCAAUAAAGUACUUUCAACCAUUUUUAACAAAUCUAAAUCCAGUUUGCGCCGAGCCAUAUCUUCUGUAAGACAGUCUCUCACUGCAUCCUUUGUUCCGCAAAACUUGGGCCUACAACAUAUUUCACGUGAGGAAGUAAUUGAAAACCAUACCAGACCUCUUGCUCAGACCCUAUUUGGAGAAACUGGCAAUUCUCAAGUGAUUUUGGUGUUAGAUGAUAUUAAACACGGCGUGCAAGAGAAUGACAUAUUCGUUGUCGACCGAGGUUUUAGGGAUGCUGUCUGUUUCCUGGAGGAUAUUGGAAUCAAAGCUGAAAUCCCAAGCUUCAUGAAACAAGGGAGUAAACAACUGUCUACAGAGGAUGCUAAUGCCAGUCGCUUAAUUACAAAGGUCCGCUGGGUAGUGGAAUCGGCUAACGCCCGAAUAAAGAGGUGGAUGUACUUAGAUAAGGUUCUCCCAACAAAUCAAGUUCCUCAUAUCGGAGAUUAUAUAAGAAUCACUUGUGCCAUUUCAAACAAGUUCCUUCCUCCACUUUCAUCAGCUCAUGAUGACGAUUUUGCUGUGGCAGCAAAAAUGUUAUACCUCAGCCGUCAAGUAAACACAUUGAAAGAACGUGUCGAGAAAGAAAAUCUACAUAGCAGAAAAACAACAAUGUGUACAGAUGCAUCCUCUGUUCAAGAUUUUCCAAAGCUAUCAGAGGAACAGCUUCGUGAAAUAACAUGUGGGACCUACCAACUCAAACUUUCAAAAUUCUACAUCCAGGAGCACCUAGAGGGAAAUCAGGACAUCCUUGUCCACAAAGAGGACCCCCACCUACUAAAGGUGAAAAUGCAAAGUCGCCAUGUUUCAUCCAAGUCUCAUGUCUUGUGGAUAUCUUACAAUGCAGCAGAGGUAACAGCGUGGUAUUGUCUUUGCAAGACAGGCGCAAGAGUGGUCGGUGUGUGUGCACACGUUGCAUCCAUACUCUGGUAUCUUGGAUAUGCCAGGCACAUGCAGGACAUGGACAACAUCGGUAUAAGGGAUUGGGCCGCCUAUGUUGAAGAUGCAGCCAACAUUCCAGAGACGAUAGACACUUCCGACAUCGAUGACAGUAUUUGCGAAGAAUAA